AUGAAGGGAAUUAUGCGAUUCGGUAAGAAAGGCAAACUGAGUCCAAGAUAUGUUGGCCCUUUCGAUGUACUAGAAAGAAUUGGAGCUGCAGCAUACAGGUUGGCCCUCCCACUACAAUUGUCGGCUACUCACGAUGUUUUCCAUGUCUCUUUGCUUCGAGGGUAUGUUUCGGACCCUACACAUGUACUAGAGUACGAGCCUCUCCAAGUUUGCGAGGAUCUGACUUAUGAGGAAUUUCUAGUCGGAAUCCUUGCACAAAAAGCUCAAGCACUCCGCAAGAAAACCAUCCCGAUGGUCAAGGUACUUUGGAGCAACCACACGGAAAAAGAGGCCACAUGGGAGCUAGAAGAGGACAUGAGGACCAAGUAUCCAUAUUUAUUCGAUUGA